AUGACAAAGCAAUCAAGCUUGAUCCCAAAAAUGCUAAUUUAUACAACAACAAAGGCAGAGUGUUUUAUAAUUUACAAAGACAUCUUGAAGCAAUCAAAUUACAUGACAAAGCAAUCGAACUUGAUCCAAACGAUGCUGAUUUUUAUUAUGAUAAAGGCACAGUUUUUUUUGAUUUACAAAGAUAUCUUGAAGCAAUUGAAUGCUUUGACAAAGCAGCCAAGCUCAAUCCAAACAAUGCUAAACCUUACUAUAAGAAAGCAUGCUCUUUAA